AGCCUUCGCCUGGGCACAAGUUCUCUUUCGUCGAAGCUGUGUGUUUGUACCCCGACGGCUGCUGGUAUCCGGAGGUCCGCAGAAAAGCGUCGUCUCCUCAUUCUGCGAAAAUGGGGAUCUCUCGUGAUUCGAUGCACAAGAGGCGUGCCACUGGUGGCAAGAAGAAGUCCUGGAGGAAGAAGCGAAAGUAUGAGCUCGGUAGGCAGCCUGCUAACACUAAAUUGUCGAGCAAUAAGACAGUUAGGAGAGUGAGGGUUCGUGGAGGGAACGUGAAGUGGCGUGCGUUGAGGCUUGAUACUGGAAACUUCUCAUGGGGUAGUGAGGCAGUGACCAGGAAGACCAGACUUCUUGAUGUGGUGUACAAUGCAUCUAACAAUGAGUUGGUCCGUACUCAGACCUUGGUCAAGAGUGCCAUUGUUCAGGUUGACGCUGCACCAUUUAAGCAGUGGUACCUCCAGCACUAUGGAGUUGACAUUGGUCGCAAGAAGAAAAAUCCAGCUGCAGCAGCUGCUGCCAAGAAAGAAGGAGAGGAAGCUGAAGCUGUCACUGAAGAAGUGAAGAAAAGCAGCCAUGUGACGAGGAAGCUGGAGAAGAGGCAGCAGACCCGCCAGCUUGACUCACAUAUUGAGGAGCAGUUCGGUGGUGGGCGUUUACUAGCUUGCAUUUCAUCACGCCCCGGUCAAUGCGGCCGUGCUGAUGGAUACAUCUUGGAGGGCAAAGAGCUGGAGUUCUACAUGAAGAAGUUGCAGAAGAAGAAGGGCAAGGGUGCUGCUGCCUAAAUUUUUUGCUUACCACCUUGAUAUGUUUGUUGGAGCAAUAUCUAUUUGUCAGCUUUUCUUCCUUAUGGUCAUCUAGACUUGCUUUGAGAUAUGACAGUUAGAUAUCAAGUUUUCACCCCUUCACUGCUGCUGAACCAUAAUUUAGGGUAUUUGUCAUGUUCUGCUCCCCUCAGUUAAAUGAUAAAUUUCUGUAUCUUCUAAAAGUUUGGAUGUGCCGUUUUAUUUUGGUUCAAGGUGGUGUGGUCAUUUUCUUCUGCAUCAAUCGCUCUGCAUUGCUAGCUCUGGUGUGAACUUGGUACCAUCAGUGUCAGUGUUAGUUUUCUACUUUUCUUUGCCAGAACUUAGAUCUAUAAUCUAGUGCAAACCAGUGAUCGAGAGCGUUUUGAUGAUGCAUAGAAACGAAGUGCAUGAAUCAAUUGUUCGUCGAUGAACUCGUCUCCUGUUCUAUUUCAACCUUGCCAUUAGACUAUGCAAGUGACUGAUCCUGUUUUUCCCUUACCGUGUCUACCCACAUCAUAUUAGUUAUUAUUAUUUAGUCCCUCUAUAGUUCUUCAGAAGACUAUAUACUUCAGAAGACUAUAAUAUAUAGUAAUUCUUCAGGAGAUUUUGAACAUUUCAAAUUCUUUGCAUUUGAGUCCUUCAGAUUGAUAGUCAAUAUCCCUAACCAACUGGACUACAACAAUAUUUAUGUAUUUUUUGAAUUAAAGAGAAAAUAUUGAAAUAUCUCAAAAUCAUAGGACUAUCCACCACAACAAUCAAUCAUCGAAUUAAUUAAUAACUAUAAUUAUUUAUAAAGUGAAUCAUCAUGAUAUAUCUAGCUUUAUGAAUCAACUAAGUGAGUUCCUCUAAUCACACAAUUCUUCACCAAGAAUCAAAUAGUACAUUUUGAGUUUAUGUAUGUCUUACAACUUUUACAUUUAUUAGGUUACAUGACUUUGUAGUUUGUAGGAAUACAAGGAUUGUUUACAAAAGAGCUAUACAAAAUUUUAUUUCAAAACAUAAAAUUUGACAUUUGUGAUCUAUAGUUUUGUAACGAGACAUUUUCAAUGCUAUAAGUGAAUGACCAAAAAUCAUUGGCUAACAAUUUUCCUAAUGGUUGACAAUUAUAAGCAUAGAAUUGAAAGACUAAAUAUCAUUGGCUAAAUUUAACAAACAAUGGUAUAUGUAUAUACAUUGGAAAUUCUAUGGUACGCUCGAUGGAUUGAGGGUUAUUGCAUCUCCUUAGUUAAAUAACAUUAUCUAGACCAUAAAUUAAUCACGUAACUAAACCCUAUAUCAUAAUUCUCUAAAUCCUAAUAUAGUGCAUAUGGUAUGUUGUAUACAUCUUGGCGAAUCAAGUUCAUUGAUUAUGUUCUUAGUAUACGUGAUAUUAGGGUCAAGUUCUAUAGAUUUAGGGUAUAUGAUUUAAUUAUUUGAAACUUAAUCUCCCUUUUCAAAUUUCCUGCAAUGAGAGGGAAAUUAGGAAGGACAUUUUUGUCUUCACAAUUAUGUGUAUUUUUUAUUUAUUUACAGAAAAAGAUAGACAUAUUGAGAUUUGAACCAUGGUCACUUCAAACAAAGUGAAGGUUUAAAAUCAAUCAGACUAUGUAGAUUUGUUGUAUUUUUUUAAAUUAAAAAUAUAUACGAAGCUAAAAUAUGAAAUCACAGAAAUUUUCAACAGUUAGCUAGCCCAAUAAAUAUUUCGUAAGUAC